ACAGAAGAAGCAGCUAAAAUGCCCGUCUUUCACACAAAAACCAUCGAGAGCAUAUUAGAUCCUGUUGCCCAGCAGGUAUCUCGCUUGGUGAUAUUACAUGAGGAGGCCGAGGAUGGCAACGCCAUGCCCGACCUUAGCCGGCCCGUUCAGGUGGUCUCGGCGGCAGUGGCGAAUCUGGUGAAGGUUGGACGGGAGACGAUCAACAGCUCGGACGACAAGAUAUUGAGGCAGGAUAUGCCGGCGGCAUUGCAUCGCGUGGAGACUGCCUCGCAGUUGCUGGAGGAGGCUUCCGAUAUGUUGCGCUCGGAUCCGUAUUCGGGGCCGGCGCGCAAGAAGCUAAUUGAGGGAAGCCGCGGCAUACUGCAGGGCACCUCCUCGCUGUUGCUCUGCUUCGACGAGAGCGAGGUGCGGAAGAUCAUACAGGAGUGCAAGCGUGUGCUUGACUACUUGGCCGUGGCCGAGAUCAUCGGCACCAUGGAGCAGCUGGUGCAGUUCCUCAAGGAUCUGUCGCCCUGCCUCAGCAAGGUGACCCGCGAGGUGUCCGCCCGCGAGAAGGAGCUCACCCACCAGGUGCACAGCGAGAUUCUCGUCCGCUGCCUCGAGCAGGUCAAGACCCUGGCGCCGAUCCUCAUCUGCAGCAUGAAGGUCUACAUACACAUUGUCGAGCAGCAGGGCAAGGGCGCCGAGGAAGCGGCCGAGAAUCGCAAUUAUUUGGCCGCCCGCAUGUCCGACGAACUGCAGGAGAUCAUACGAGUCCUGCAGCUGACCACCUACGACGAGGACACCAGCGAGCUGGACAACCUGACCGUGCUGAAGAAGCUGAGCAACGCGAUCACCAACAAAAUGGAGCUGGCCAACGAAUGGCUCUCGAAUCCCUAUGCCCUGCGCGGCGGCGUCGGCGAGAAGGCGCUGCGUCAGGUCAUCGACAAUGCCAAUGAGAUAUCGGAGCGCUGCCUGCCCCAGGACUCGUAUCCGAUCCGGAAGCUGGCGGACGAGAUAAGCGCCAUGGCGAACAAUCUGUGCGAGCUGCGCCAGGAGGGCAAAGGCAACUCGCCGCAGGCCGUCGACCUGGCCACUGGCAUACGGGCGCGCCUCGGCGAGCUCCAGGGCCUGGUGCGGCAGGCGGUCUCCGGCGUGGACAAGGCGGGCGUCCAGCAGACCGCCCACACCAUUCAGGGCCGGCUCGAGCAGGCGGUCAAAUGGCUGCAGAAUCCCGAGGUCAAUGAUGGCGGCCUCGGCGAGCGGGCGAUCAAUCUGAUCGUCGAGGAGGGACGCAAGGUGGCCGAGGGCUGUCCGGGCCACCAAAAGGCCGAGAUCAUGCAGCUGUGCGACGAGGUGGAGCGCCUCAAGCGCCAAGCGGCCGGCACCGGGCCAGCUGCCAAGCAGGCCGCCAAGCAGCUGACCCAGAAGCUGUACGAGCUGAAGGCCGCCGUGCAGAACGCCCUGGUCAAUCGCAUCGUGCAGGACUUCAUGGAUGUGAGCACACCGCUCAAACAGUUCACGGAGGCUGUGAUGCUGCCGGAGGGCACGCCCGGACGGGAGCAGAACUUUAACCAGAAGUCGAACAAUCUGCAGGCCUUCAGCGAUCGCGCCUCGAAGACCUCGCGCAUGGUCGCCGCCGGCGGUGCCUGUGGCAACAAGAAGAUUGCCGAGAUUCUGCUGUCGUCGGCUGCCCAGGUGGACUCGCUGACGCCGCAGCUGAUCAACGCCGGACGCAUUCGGAUGAACUAUCCGGCCAGCAAGGCGGCCGACGAGCAUCUGCAGAAUCUGAAGCAACAGUAUGCGGAUACGGUGCUGCGCAUGCGUACGCUCUGCGACCAGGCCACCGAUCCGGCUGACUUCAUCAAGACAUCCGAGGAGCAUAUGCAGGUGUAUGCCAAGCUCUGCGAGGAUGCCAUCCAUGCGCGCCAGCCCCAGAAGAUGGUGGACAACACCUCGAACAUAGCACGGCUGAUCAAUCGGGUGCUGCUGGUGGCCAAGCAGGAGGCGGACAAUUCGGAGGAUCCCAUCUUCACCGAACGCCUGAAUGCGGCCGCCAACAACCUGGAGCGCUCGCUGCCCGCCAUGGUGGGCGACGCCAAGCUGGUGGCCACGAAUAUUGCCGAUCCGGCUGCGGCUGCCGCCUGGAAGAAAUCAUUCCAGCGUCUGCUGGGCGAUGUGCGUGAGGUGCGCGAUGCCAUUGCGCCGCCGCAGCCGCCGCCACUGCCCACAUCGCUGCCGCCGCCCAUACCGGAGCUCAGUGCGCUGCAUUUGUCCAAUCAGAAUGCUGAGCGUGCACCACCGCGUCCCCCACUGCCGCGCGAGGGCCUGGCGCCCGUGCGUCCACCACCGCCGGAGACGGACGACGAGGACGAGGGCGUCUUCCGCACGAUGCCGCAUGCCAAUCAGCCCAUACUGAUUGCCGCACGCGGCCUGCACCAGGAGGUGCGUCAGUGGUCAUCGAAGGACAACGAAAUCAUCGCGGCGGCCAAGCGCAUGGCCAAACUCAUGGCCAGGCUGAGCGAGCUGGUGCUCUCCGACUCGCGUGGCAGCAAGCGUGAGCUGAUUGCCACGGCCAAGAUGAUUGCCGAGGCAUCGGAGGAUGUCACCCGCCUGGCCAAGGAGCUGGCGCGCCAGUGCACCGAUCGGCGCAUCCGGACGAAUCUGUUGCAGGUCUGCGAGCGCAUACCGACGAUUGGCACCCAGCUGAAGAUCCUGUCCACGGUGAAGGCGACCAUGCUGGGCGCCCAGGGCUCCGAUGAGGAUCGCGAGGCGACCGAGAUGCUGGUGGGCAAUGCCCAGAAUCUGAUGCAAAGCGUCAAGGAAACGGUGCGCGCUGCUGAGGGCGCUAGCAUUAAGAUACGCUCCGAUCAGACCAGCAAUCGACUGCAAUGGGUGCGUCGCCAGCCCUGGUAUCAGUGAGGGGCCAGAGCCAGAGCCAGCCCAGAUC